GUUAUAACAAAAAAUUAUUAUUCUCUGGAAUAUAUGCUUAUAACGUUAAAACUAGAACAAUUGUCACAAUGAAACAAAAAGGAGAUUAUUUUCUGAACCUUUAGCUUUAAUUUGAGUGCUGGUUCAUUAAAAUCCUUAUACUAAAAGUCGAGAUAUUCCAAAAAUAAGUCGGAGAUCUUUUUCCUGAUGGCUAUGCAUGCGACGCGUGUGCGCUUUGCUAUCUUAAAGUAACGGUAAUACAGGCAGCUGGUGGAUUUCGGUUUUACGUGUUUAUUGAGUUAUAAGAAACAAUGGGGAGAACCGUAUAUGCCGAGGAACGUCUUUACAAUUAUUUAAUGUCGUUAGCGAAGCCUGACGAAUACACGAUUGGAUUAAUUUUGGGACAGAGUACUGGUCAGAAGGAUUAUAUUGUACAUUUAGCGAAAACUCCGCCGCCGCUUGGUAAAAAUGUUGUGGAGGAGUCAGUGCUUAGUUCUCCAACAGAUUCUGAACAAAACACAGUUGAAAGUCACAUUAAAUCGGUGAAAGAUAUACCUGAGAGUUGGGUUGCAGAUCAUGCGAAGCACGUAACUAGAAUGCUACCUGGCGGUAUGCGUGUACUUGGCACGUUUGUUGUUGGUCCAGAAGACGCUAUAAACGAUUCUACUAACGCACACAAAUUUCGAUCUGUUUUGGUAGCAAUGCAUAAAAAUUUGUCUCAUAAUAAGUAUCUAUGCGGGAACAAUAACGAAGAGCAUCUUAUAUUGAAUUUGAACAGCAUUACACAAAAAUACACGUGCAAAUCUGUUGAAACGCAUAAAACUGGUAUGAUGAAACCAGCAGAUUGGAAGUUCCAAACCAAAACAACGAAAUGGCAUCAGCUAGAAACACUCGUAGAUUUCGAUCGUUUAUUUCUUAUCUCCGCGAAUAAGAAUCCAGAAACUCUGAAGAGACAAUUACAAGAUAUCUUGAAAAGUAUAUCAGAAAUUAUUGAAUCUUCCCUCGUUGUUAUAGAAGGAGAAGUUCGAUCUGCGAAUGAUACAUUAGAAGUAAUUAGUAAAAGCAAGAAAAAUGAGAAAAACUGUAAAGACAACGAUAAAAAUAAUGACGAUAAAUCAAUUCAAAUUAACUUAUACAUUCCGUGUCAAGAAAAUAACACCAGCUCUGAUGUAAGGAUAACGCCGUGUAGCGCAUCGAUACGUUUAGUUGGUCAAUUAGUAAGCAGGACUUUUGUUCAUCACAAAGCAAACAUCGAAGAAGCUAAUACUGCGAUAAAACAAGAUAUAAUAAGGUCGUUAGCGAGUAGAUUGGAAAUGCAUUGGGACAGUUUAAUUGAUGAAGAGGCUGGAUCUCCGGAAGAAAAUAUAACAUUGCACGAACCCCCAAGAAGAGUACUGAUAGCGUUGCCUGAUAGUAAAGUAACGUUAUCAGAUUAUCUGUUUCCUGGCGAAGGGCCUCAAGAAGCACUUUUAUCGCUGCAAGAGCUCUUAGACUUAGAAGUCCAAGAAAGUAAUGUCCAAAAAGACAUAGAGCUCCAAGCAGAUCCUGGAGAAUUUUAUGCGCAAAAUGAAAUAGACGUGAAGGCCGUUAAUCUCGGUACAGAUACCUCGGAAAAUCGACAAAUGAAAGUAUACAUCGCAGGUCUCGGCAUUGCGAUUUUAAUUGUGAUCCUUGCUAUUAUAGUGCACAAACUUUAUUAAUAUGCAAUCCAUGUAUUUAUAAGAGAACAAAUUUAUAUUUUACUAAAACGUGUAAUAUACGAAGUCUGUAUAUUUUAACAAAUCAUUCUAGCGGUGGGUGCGAACGGAAACAAUAUGUUGUAAAUUAUUAUGUAAAGAAAUUAAAUUAUUGAUCUACGUGUCUUACGAAAUACAUAUACUUCAAAGAUAUUCACCGAUGAUGAACCGAAUUAAAUAUUUUUUAUAUACAUCUAACAAAAAUAAAAGUAAUUUUAAUUAUCAA